GGCUCUCAUAGUGCGGAGUGAAGGUGGCGGAACACCGGGGCUCAGGAACACGGAUCUGUGCUGCUCUUUACACACUGCAGCAGGAAGAGAUGAUGUAGCUUUCAGUCAGGACUCCUGGAGCUCCAGGGCUGCUGUGCUUUUAGGGCUUUAUUUUUAUUUUUUAUUUUUUGACCAAAGUUGGAUGUUAGACUGAAAGUAGUUUAGAAGAAACUCGAGUCACUAGUGUUACUGUCAGGUUUAUAGAUAAAUAAAAAUACUUAGAAAGCAGAUGAGUCUAAGGCUAGUCUGCUACCGGUUUUGGAGGAUCUGGAGGAAAGAACUGAGAGCUAGUUAGUUAGCUGGAGCUAAUGUUAAAGCUAAUAUUUAGGUGUUAUGAUAACCUGUCACUUCUCUAGUUGCUGUAGCCGGUUAACUAAAAGUCCCCUGUUGUUUAGCUGGAUAUGAACCACUGUAGGAAACAGCUAGCUAAAUAGCUAACUGAAUAGCUAGCCAGGUUUCUAUCAUCAGGAAAGCGCAUUAUCUAAUUGUUUCUCGGAAACAAUAGCUAAUAUAUAUACUUAUUAGCUAAUUGCAAUGAUGUUCUUAUUUUCCCCAUACAGCGGAAACCGACAGCCCUUUCUUGUUCAGGAUAGCUAACUAGCGCUAAGCAUGCUAGAUGAACCAAUAUCGCUGAGAAAACAAGAAAACCAAACCGGUCCAGUUGACGUUAUUUCUUUAUCUCAUCGCUGUUCAUCUUUUUCACGUGUUCAUGUUUACUAACGCUUAAUAACGCAGUUAUACAAUGUAACGACCCGCUUGCUUUAGCAUUAGUGUUAGCAUUAGCAACCGAACGGACUUCACGGGCACUUCAGCCGGACCGACCUCUCCAGUAAACCUGCUGCCCACACCUGGUUGACUGAAUAAUAAUUAAAUUCAGACCAACAAAGUCCAGCAGAAAGAAGAGCUUCAAAUAGAGGCAGCGGUAAGGGCGUGUCCCAACGCUCUUGGCACCGGGAUCAAUUGGCUGGUGGGCGUGGCCGGCGGGCUGGCUCCUCCCCCUCCCGGCGGCAGCGUGCACUCCCAGCCGCCGCCCGCGUGCGCCCCGCGCUCGCCCGGCUUGCGCGCCCGAGCCCAUGCCCCCAGCACCACACGGCCAGUCAGCGCCAUGUGCGUCCCGCACACCAUGGAGACGGGCAAACUCCACAAUGCGUCGGACACAGGCCAAGGUCAGGGGCAUGGACAUGGCAGACGCGGUAGAGGGGUGCCACUCGAACCCUUUGUCCACCAGGUCGGCGGCCAUACCAGCAUGAUGCGUUACGAUGACCACACCGUCUGCAAGCCACUCAUCAGCCGUGAGCAGCGCUUUUAUGAGUCUCUGCCGCCUGAGAUGAAGGAGUUUACGCCAGAAUACAAAGGUGUGGUCCUGGUGUGUUUUGAGGGCGACAUGGACGGCUACAUUAACCUGGUGGCGUACCCUUACGUGGAGAGCGAAGGCUUGGACCACGAAGAGCUGCCCGAGAGGGACCAACCACGGCGGAAACACUCACGCCGCAGCCUGCAUCGCUCUAGCAGUGACCAUAAAGAGGAAAGAGCGGCCCACGAAAGUGACAGCAACGACAAUCUGCAGGAGCUGAAGAGUCCACGCCUGGACUUGCAGAUCUACUCCGACGUGCCCUUCCAAAUGCUGGACGGCAACAGCGGCCUGAGCUCAGAAAAGAUCAGCCACAACCCCUGGAGCCUGCGCUGCCACAAGCAGCAACUCAGCCGCAUGCGCUCCGAAUCCAAGGACAGGAAGCUCUACAAAUUUCUUCUCCUCGAGAACGUUGUACAUCACUUCAGCUGCCCCUGCAUCCUGGACCUGAAGAUGGGCACACGGCAGCACGGCGACGACGCCACCGAGGAAAAGGCCGCUCGUCAGAUGAAGAAGUGCGAGCAGAGCACCUCUGCCACUCUGGGCGUACGUGUGUGUGGGAUGCAGGUGUACCAGAUGUCCACGGGACACUAUCUGUGCCGCAACAAGUACUACGGCCGAGGUCUGUCCAUCGAGGGCUUCCGCCAGGCGCUCUACCAGUUCUUGCACAACGGUACCAAGCUGAGGCAGGACCUUUUCGAGCCCAUUUUGAGCAAACUGCGCAGCCUCAAAGCCGUACUCGAGCGCCAGGCCUCCUACCGCUUUUACUCCAGCUCUCUGCUCAUCAUCUACGAAGGCAGGGAACCCGAGCGGGCCGAAGCGUCCUCCGAGAAGGAGAACGCUGCGGGGUGCCCGUCUCCGCCCCUGGACCCGCCCCCUGCUCCAAGCAUCGACGUGCGCAUGAUAGACUUUGCCCACAGCACCUUCAAAGGCUUCCGGGACGACCAGACAGUGCACGACGGCCCGGACCGGGGCUACAUGUUCGGACUAGAGAGCCUCGUCGACAUCCUGGAAGGGAUCCUUGAGGAGGACCAGUAGCCAAAACAGACCCGUGCAUUUUUGUUACAAACCCAAACCCCACUUCCUCCCUCAUCCUCAGUUCUUUCUGUACUGUCUACAUGGUUGCAGUGACAAAACUGACGUUUCUGUGAAUGGUGACACUUUGAGACAUGCUGCAAGCAGGGAGGCACGGCCCUCUGCACCUCUCAGCCAUCAGCACUCAGAGCACGAGGGUUGUUACGAAGCUUUCACAUGGUGGGGGGGGGGGGUGGUGUAGGGGCGGUUGGAGGUGACCUCUAGCUGGGUCUUUACUCGCGCCCCCCUUCAGAAAUGGACAGAAAUGGCAGGGAUGGCACCGUGAAACAGGAGCUGGGAUCGUUUUUUUUUUUUUUUUUUGCUUGUCCUGUGGAUUUGUCGCCACCGUGUGGCCAUUUGAGGUUUUGCAGUCAGAGAUGAGGAAGCAGUCACAGCUCAGGGCAAGUCCAGGGUCAGGUCCUCUUUACAUUGUUGGGUCAGUGGAGGGAAUGUGUGUUUGCGUGUGUGUGUAUGUGCGCGCGUGUGUGUGUGCGUGUGGAGGAUAGUAAUGUUCGGGGAAUAUAUCCCCACUGCAGUAUUCCUACAGAGGCUCAGAAAAGGGAGCAGUUAUGAAAGCUUUACUGUAAAAAUAAGGGUGGAAGGCUUAGCAGCCCCCUUUGAUAAAACUGAAAAGGUGAUUCGCACCUUGUACUAUGAAUAACCAUCCACAGCCUAGCUGUGCAAACAAAAUCCUGUUUGAGGUCACACACUUUUUAAUAUCUAUUUUUUAUUUUUAAGAGAAUGUUAUCGUUUCUGCAGUUAUUCACUUCAGUUAGAGCCAACAUUGCAUUUUAUUCAUUUUUUUUUCUCGUUUUCUUUCUUUCUUUCUUUUAUUUUUUUUGUAUUAAAGUCCUUUCUUUUACGGUUUAUGGUAGUACUGCCAGUCCUAGGCUAGUCUGUGGGACAGUGUGUAUAUCCGUAGACACCCUCGUUUUCGUUCCCCCGACUACAGUUUAUGCUAAAAAGAGAUCCUUCCUAUCUUUUGCACUGUAGAUUUGGAUUGUGCUCUAAAAAGCGUCCAGCAUGGUUCUUGGAUUUCCCCCUCUCCCAUCCUCAUCUUUCCAUUUUACUCCUGGUUUUAGGACUGUUUCUAAACGAUUCGAAUGAGUAAAACUGUCCAUCAGCACAUGUAGCAACACAAUUAGAGACUCCACCUUCUCUUUUCUUUCUUUUUUUUCUUAGCUCGUCGUGUCCCCUCUCCCUUCACCGCUCGGUUAGGGUGUAGUUUGUGUAUAGAUGGAGCUAUAGCCAUCGUCUCUUUUAGUGAUCAGAGCUUUCUUUUCCCUCUCUGGCACACCACAGACUCCUCUUUUAUCCAGUCUGUCGUCUCCGUGUAAUCAGACGCAACGUCAUGGACACGCACACCAUAUCGAUAUUAUCAGUGUAGUAGUGCUGUUCUGUUGUGACCCCCCCCUCGACCUUUAUAAAGGCGUCACAUCUUCGUAUUGUAAUCCAGGUGGUCAUCACUACCGAGUCUAGACUAGAUUAUUUGUCUUGCUCCGGAUGUCACGGGAACGGCCACCGUCUGUGCUCCGUCCUCUCCUGUCGGAGUCGACUCAGAACGUACUUGGCACUCUUCCUAUCUCUGUUCACGCACACCGUCACCGUGUAAAGGGAAAAUGCACACUGAAACUGUUCCAUAAUCAUCUGUCCAGGUGCAAGGCAUAAACACCGCGAGUGUGACCUACAUAUCUUGACAUAUAUAGAUAUAUAUAUAUAAAUAUAUUAUAAAUAACUGACCGUUUUGCUGUGCAACACUUAGAAAGAGCAGUGAGAAAAAAACAAAACAAAGCAGGAUUUAAAGACAGGUCUAGAUUUGUGUCCUGUUUGUGCUUCAUGUUCACAAACAUCUAGAUCAGCUCUCCUACACAUAAAAUGUGUGUGUAUGUUUGUGUGUGUGAGAGAGAGAGAGAGAGAGUGUGUGUGUGUGUAAAUACUUACCCAGGGUUCAUGUUUGUCCAGCCUUUCAGUGUUCGAGAGCUGACCAGGAUAUGAAGGUUUAAAGAGCGGUCAUGAAUCAUCGCCCUCCUGUGGGCAGGGUGCGAAUCCUGGCCACUUUAAAAACCUUAUAGAAAGUCUGUUCUGUGCCAGGGCAGGAGGAAGAAAUGCUCACACGACUAGCGGAAAAAUCGAAGUUUCGUGUUUCGGGAUGAAAAACAAGUAAAACAGGUCUCCUCUGUGGUGGAUGUUCUUAGUCUCUCCAUAGAUGUGAGAUUGUACGAGUAGAGAAAAAAAAGAAAUAUUUGCUGAAAAAAUUAUCCCCCCUAAAAAAAAGUAUGUAUUUCUCCCUGUUGUUGUUGCAUGGAUGGAUAUUUUUUUUAAGAAAAAAAAUAUAUGACAUAUUUGAAUGUGAGUUAUAAAUCAUUUAUUUAAGAAAA